AUGGAACAAUAUCCUGCCCACUGGAAGAGCACUCUCAUGGGAGUGGAGUUCUGGAAAGACGCCGCCAUUUACGAAGAAGAGGUUGCGAAGAAGCGUCAGCAAGCCCUAACUCCGAACCUGCUCAAUCAGUCCCCCGUCAACAUGGCCUCAGGACAAGCGGGCACAGAGCAAGCGGAUACAGAGAAAGCUCCUCAUCUUCAAGACAUCCCCAAGAGACGUCGCCGUCUUAGUACGGCGGAUCUUCCUACAAUUUCUAGUCUCCGACGUCAUCCCAGCGUGAGGAAUACCACUGCGCGUAUCAAAGGACUAGCCCAUCAUGUUCGAACUCGUUCCUUCAGUGCUGCGACCAAUCUGGAUCGGAAACUGUCCAUCGAUACUACUUCCAAGGUCUUCGAUGGUCCCAAGAGCACCACCGUUCAUGCUACUGAGAUCUUGUCUCCCCCUCCGAUUACUCCUCUCGGCUCACCUACCACUUCGGAUCUGGCUACGCCUGUCAAACCGAUUCUGCUAUUCCGCGGUGGUACAUCUUGGGGGAGCUCCCUCGACUGA